GACGCCACACCCACCUCGCAACCACCACCACGCCCCGCCCGCCGCUGCACCGCUGCCCAGCCAAGCCGCAGCCCAGCAUGAGCAACACGACGGCGCAGCAGGUGCUGAGUGUCGGCGGCCUGCCCGUCGGCUUCGUGCCGCAGUUUCAUGCGUCGGCCACCCCGAUGGCCGACAUUCAGCGCGUCAUCGACAGCGCAACGCCGGCGUCGCUGAACAUGACGCUGCGCCCGGCCACGUACGGCUGGUAUGCGCAGACGUACCCGCACGAGCACUUUGACGGCGAGCAGCUGCUGCGCGUCAAGGACGACGUCGUCGCCUCGGGCGCCAUCUUCGAGCCGGCCGUGAUGCCGCUGCAGGGCUGGACGGGCUACACGGCGGCCAACAACUCGCACGCCCUCUCGAUUGCGCGCGUGCUGAAGCAGUUCACCGACGAGGGCGUCGAGGUGCGCCUGCGGUGAGCUGCAGGACGUGCUGCGCUCGGCGGGCCAUGCUGACACGCCUGCCAGCUUUGCCCAUGAGGUCAACUACUACACGUCGGAAGCGGGCGGCAUGAUCUACGGCAGCGGGUCGUCGGCAAUGCAGGACUUCAAGACGGCCUUCGGACAGGUGGCACAGGCAUG